GGUGAUGGGGAUGAGGAGGCGGGCGGUCGGGGUGCGGCUGUGUCAGCCCCCGCUUCUGGGGGCGGCGGGGGGCUCCUCACGGGGCGCUCACGGCCCUUCUCUUCCCGUCGGGAACGGCCCCGCCCGCGUUCCUGAGGAGGCUUUGGGAGUCUGCGGCGGGUCCCCUGAAACGCGGCAGGCGGCCGUGUGGGCCGUUAAUGGCGCCAAAGUUACGAAAAACCCAAGGAGGGAAGCAAGAGAAAAAAGUUAUCCAUCCUUACAGCAGGAAAGCUGCACAGCUUGCAAGGGAAGCACAUAAACAGGAAAAGAAAGAAAAGUUGAAGACUGAUAAAGCUUUGCGUUUGAGCAUCAUUGGAGAAAAAUUGCAAUGGUUUCAAAGUCACCUUGACCCCAAUAAAAUUGAAUACACAAAGAAGGAAGCUGGCGAACUAAUUGAAAAUUAUAUGUGUCGCUUCAAUGCGGAAUUGGAGCAGAUUGAAUUACAAAACAGUAUUAAAGGUAGACAAGGAAGACAGCAUGGUUCACGGGAAACUGUCAUCAAGCAGACCAUAGAACGUGAAAGACAACUCUAUGAAGGCUAUGGAAUAGAAAUCCCAGACAUUAUGAACAGAAAGCAUCUUAAAUUUUUCAGAGAAUGGGAUGGUGAUCUGAGGAAACUGCCAAACAUCAAAAUGAAAAAGCUCUCAGCUACGGAUGCUGCUUGCAGUCACCCGGAGUUGGCAGAUGUGGAAGCUAAAGAGGAAUUGAAUAAAGCAGAAGAGGUGCCUAAUGCGCAUCAGCUGAUUGAAGAGCUGAAACAGCUGAAGGGAACUGUGAGAAACCUAUUUUAACUAUCACUGGAAACAAGAAUAAAUUCUAACUAUAUUUGCAAAGGCUUUGCUAGUUGCAUUUUUUAUGAGCUCUUUACCUAUGGUAAAGAGUAAACUAUAUUAUUUGGUAAAGCUGUAUAUUAUUGGAUAAUUUUUUUUAACAUAAAUAAAUACUUAAAAUCUUAAUUGUGUCCUUACUUCUCAUACUGUACCUUUUCUUUAGGAUGCAGGCUCCUGACUUGACAAAACAAUUGUAGGUUAUAUCUCGAAAUCCUGACUAGUUGAGUACCUCUUCCCUGGUCACAGAGCAGUCAGGAUUCAGACACCUGGGGAAUCCCUACCUUUUCCUGGGAAUGGCAAGAAUGUAUGUCCUUUAGUGUAUAAAUAGCAGGUGCCCUGGUAAACAGUGGGCCCCGCUAGUGGCAACUUUUAUCCAUCUCUUGUGGUGGUGGCUGGGAUGUUUCUAGGUGUAUGCAGUUUUGUGGAGAGCAGUGAUAGGCCUCAUCUCGCAAAAUCCUGUGCGCGGUGGCACAGAACAUACCUUCGGUGUAAGAAAUACUCUCCCACUUGGUGGGAAUGUAUAUGCAGAAGAUGAGAUGCAUGGAGCAUCAGUUAAUCAUGAAGAACUCUUUGCUUGUACUUUCUCUUGUCUGAGAAUCUGUGUCAGGAACAUAGAGAGCUGUAAAGACUUCAAUAAAAUCUUGAGUAUUUUUUGUCAAGAGAAUUUGAGAGAAUUACGUUGUCUUCACCAAUCUGCAUUGAAGAAUUCAGAUGAGAAGCCAAUUAAAGUCCCUACAGCCUGUUUGUAAAGAUAUCUUUUGUCCAUAUUUUUUGACCCGUGUUGAGAAAGCUGUCCAUUUCAAAAGUAAGUUGCUUAGGACUUCUAAAUAGCAGGUUUGCUUUAUGAAGCAACUCUUUAGACACCUUUAAAUGUGUCUUUCAGGGAGGUUCUUAGCAGAUUCUCACUUAUAAUACUGUAAAAUUUAAAAAAAAAAAAAAGAUGGAAAAAAAGGGCAAGGGCAAAGCCAGGGAUGAUUUCACAGCAGGCAUUAAGUAGGACAUCUCUUGCUAGCGCAGAUUAGAUUGGGCACAGAAGUCACAGUUGAGAUGUACUGUCUGUACACAUUGUAGCAGUCACAGUUCAGAUGGCUGUUAGUUAUGUGGAAAUAAUUAUUCCUGGUGGGUAUCUUUCUAGUACUUGAUGCCCAAUACAGUUCUGUGUGUUAAACAGCUAGGCUUUGUGAUGGUAAAUAGUUAACGUGUGUUUCCCAGAUUUCUUUUACAGAUAUCCAGGUGUGUAUUUUCUCAGCUGUGCAGUAAGUGGUACUGAUGAGUGUUACUCUUUUAACAUCUAUAUGAAUUUUUUCUCUCUUUACAAAAUAGGCUUGUGCUAUCCUUUCAUGUUUUAGGAAAACAAUCUAUUUAGGUAAUAUAGAAACAACCCUUGUCCUCCUUAAAUUAUCCUAAAGAAGAAACCUGAAUAAAUUUGGCAGAUGUGAAGCAUGUGUGAGUGAUCUAAUGCAUUUUCAGGUGGACUGCAAGUCUUAAACCUGGCUGGAGGUCUUAUCCUCUGACACCAGCCAUCUCUAGGCUGUCACAUCACUGCUUUAUGUUUGUACUUUGGAAAUAGGCGUGCUGAAGUUCAGGGCAGGCCUUUGAUACUUUUUAAACUUUGUUAAAUAAAGCUAUGUUGUGGAAUUCAGCUUGUUUUGAUUUAUAAAACUUGAAGUGUUAAAGUCUGGUAGAAGCUGAGCCAGGGUAAUUGGUCUGAACUAAAGAUGUGUGCAUGUUAUUCACUGAUUGCUUUGACAGAUUUUGCAUUUCAGAAGAUAUCACCUUAAAUUUUUGCUUGUAUAUAAGGUCGUACAUGCUUUGAAUUUGUAAGUAGAAACAUUACAGAAAGUCACUUUCCCAUCACAUUGGGUGAAAUACAGAAGGAAAAUGAGCAGCAAGGUAACUAAAAGUGAAUGACAUGAACUAGAAUGACGGUAUAUUAGGCUGACUUCCUAGUGAAUGCUUUAAAAAAGAUUAUUAUGCAAAGUUAUGAAGAACAGAAUGUUCUAUAUUCCUUGAAACAAUUCAGUAAUAAGGUAUUAUAAAAAAAGUAAUUAUUAGUUGUGUGGUUGAUGUGAUAGUCAAAUAUUUGAAGUGAUUUCUUUCUUAACAUUUGUUAUUCACACUUCAAGAACACGUUUACAGUUUGGACUUUGUUGAGUUUGUGGAUUUUCUUUCUUGAAGUCCAUGUAUUCACUGCUUGUUUAGCUGGCUUCUAAACUGUCUUGUUGACCUACUGCAUAAGCAAUGACAAAAAGAACAGUUUCUGUGUGUGAACUUUUUACAUUGAAUUAUCAGAAAAAAUCGUAUAUAGCCGUCAAUUAUAUAUAUUUGAAUUGAAAAGUAAUCUAGGCUUAAGUUGAUGAUGUGCAAGACCAAUUUACCAGAUGAGUUUUGUUGCAGAAUACUAAUGUGGCAAAGGGAAAGAACAAAGAAAACUCCAAAGCUAUGUAUGUA